UCAGCGCAGUUGCACGCUUGGAAUUCUAGCUGCCGACUUUUUUUUUUUUUUUAUUGGUUUCAAGGACCUCGUCGUUUUUCCGGACAGCGGAGAAACACGGCGUAAUGACUGGCCGGGCGAAAAGACACCUUACCAUGAAGCGGGACGGCUGAACUUUUUCCUCAGCGGGUUGUUCAGGAUAUCUCCCCGGUGGCGGCAGCAACAACAGCCCAGGGUUGCCAAACAACAAGCAUCAUUCAGUGUCAGCCAACGGCAGCGGCUGGAGCUCACUGUCGUCUCGUCCCCGCUUCUCCGCAGCCUGUAAAUUUCCGCUUCAGUCUCGAGGUAGCUACCCAGACAACACACUGGGCACAGCCAACAAUGUCUGCAGACCCUCUGGCUGAUCACCCAGUCGACGCUGGUGAUUUGGUGUUAGACAUCAUGCAGCCAAAGCACCUUUCCAAAAACCCCUGACUGCUGGGGUGUAUGGGCGUCCUUCCUUCCGGUUGCACUUCUGUUGCUCAACACGCUCUCAUCUCCUCCUAGGAGGGGCAGGAUGUUUUAAGAAUGCUACGUAGCGGACUUUAACCUCUGAUCUCUUUGUGGAUAAGGACAGCACGCUGUCACAUUGCUUACCACGUUACUGGUAUCUCAACAUACAAGACAAGACAUUCAGCCUCAGACCAGGCCUGUCUAGCCCCCUUCAGUUUCACCACCCCAGUACCAUGCUGGGUGCACUACUGCGGAGGAACAUGUCCCAGAAGCUAAGUGUGCUGCUGCUGGUAUUCGGCCUGGCAUGGGGACUUAUGCUGCUGCGAUACACUGUGCAGCAGCCUCGCCAUCAAAGCAGCGCUGAGUUGCGUGAGCAGAUACUGGAGCUUAGCAGGCGAUAUGUCAAAGUCCUGACAGAGGAGAACCAGAAUGCGCCAGGUGGGCCACAGGGAACCUCCAUGGCUGGUUAUGCUGAUCUGAAGAGGACUAUUGCUGUGUUACUGGAUGACAUUCUGACGCGACUGGUCAAACUGGAGGGGAAAAUUGAAUUGGUGGCCAAUGCCUCUUCCACAAACACCUCCCACACUGCAGGGGGCAUCUUAGCCUCCGCUCCCGCUGCCCUGCAGAAAGCUUCAAGGCAGGAGACACCAGGCAGCCACCCAGGGACGUCACGCCUCCAUCCACACGUCCCCAAUAGGCGUCGACCACAUUGAGAAGGAUCGUUUUGAUAGACAUAUCAAUUUUUUGUUUUUCAGCACAUUACACUUUUUCAUCACUUCCGCUGAUGAAAUGACAUCAGACUAAUGAAGCAAUAGGGAUAAUUCUGGACAUCCACUGGCUUGAAAAGCAGGAUGCACCUCUGAAAUGUUCUGCCAUUUCAAAGAGAAGAAAGAGAACCUCUCUAAUCUCCGGCCUAUCAUAUGCUGAUAUUUAUUUUUUUUACUGAGACUAUCCAGCACUUGUUUUUUUUUUUUUAUAUUUUCAUUGCUGAAUUUAUUUUACUUAAAUUUUUAGUUUUUUAUAGAGUCAUGUUUGAAUGUUGUGACUGUUUAAGCAAAUGCAAAGGAGCAAAUGCUUUGAACUGAGACUCAAUUUCAAACGCUUAAUCAUGAAACUGGCUUUAAAUCGUCCCCAUCCACAGAUAAACCAUUAUACAAUACUGCUUCAACAUAUCAAAAUACUGAACUAAACUCAUGAUAGUUAGGAAUAGCUGCAUUUUAGUUUCUAGCUGGCACGAUUGCUAAAUACUCUAAGAAUAAGACUCCUCUUUUAGCACACACAUAUUAAGGAUUCUAAGAAUAAACAAUUUAGUUCACUUGUAACAGAUAAUCCAAAGAAUAUUACUGCAAUCCAUCAGAAGGCAAUAUAAGUUUGUACGUGCUAUAUACAAUGUUUAUGGAGAAUAUGAAGGAACGAUGCCUAUUUGCCACUUGCAAACUCGUGUGAAAGUGUGUGUUUGCAUUGUCUCACUUGAAAUCCAAUGUUUCCCUCGCACCACGCUGAGAAAUGGAUUAAUUUAGAUGUUGCUGGAACAGAUUGAAUGUACUGUGCAGACAGUCUAGCCCUGCAGUGCUGGUAAGAUGACUGAUGUACUGCUUACACAUGUUCAGGGUUCAUGUUGCACUGUGACCAUAGAGAUUUUCUAAAAAUACUGGGUUCGUCCAACUUGGACUUAAGGGAUAUUUAAAGAGAGUGGAUUUUAGGUUUUGGAAUAUUCAUUCUUCCAGCCUUCCUGCUGCUCCUUAGCAUGGUUUCUGUAAUACUGAUAAAAGCUGGUAAAAUACCUCACCAUGUCCUGCCCAGAGGAAGGAAACCUGUAAUUUACUCAUCAUGAUGCUUAUUAACGUGAUGACUUUCUUCUGCCACAGAGAUGAGCGACACUUUUACCAACAUCAUGUGGGGAUUGUAUGAGACACAGUCAAUGUGGAUGAAAGACUAAAAUAUGAAGAAGAGAAUUCAUUAAAGCAUAAACCUUGCUGUGUAAGGUUGCUCCCAGAAAUGCAACUGUAUGUUAAGGUCGCUAGACUAAAUUAUUGAGUUGGGAUUUAACUGUGUCAACACUGAGUGAUGCCAUAAAUGUACCUUGCUUAUAUUGCUAAAGUAGAAAAUAUGAUGAGCCAGCCAGCUGCUGUGAUGAGAUAGCUUUACUAAUAAAUCCACCUCAUGGAAAAAUGAUUCUCUCCCCAUUUAAACCAGUUUUAUGCCAGAUUCUUCACUUUUCCUAUUUCUAUAAAUGAAAUGUGUGUCUCUGAGAAGAUCUUUCGCACGGACGGAAAACCCCAACGAGUA